ACAGCAAAUUACUUGAUUGACCAUAAACUAUUGUUUAUUUGCAAAGUCUAUUCUAAUACAUACCAACUUGGCAGUGAGAGCACAACAUGAUCUGGUAUCUUUCUUGCACUGUAACCGUCUUUUACGGACUAAUGCAAUAACCAAAAAGGCCGUAACUUUACUUUCCUCAAGGAGGCUGCAGUCUGAAGGUUUAUCAAUGGCGACCUUCAGCAGAGCCAAGUCUCUACUUCGUUUAUCGAAGCAAAAACCUAUGCUAAUGUCUUCUCCCUUUCAACCUUCAUUAUCGAUACUACGGGGUUUUUCUUCGUUACAAGGCUCGUCCGAUUUUGAGAGUAUUGGAUUCAUAGGGCUUGGAAACAUGGGGUCGAGAAUGGCCAAAAAUCUCAUUAAAGCUGGAUACAAAGUUACUGUUCAUGAUGUAAACCGUGAUGCCAUGAAGAAGUUCUCUGACAUUGGAGUUUCCACGAAAGAGACACCUACUGAGGUUGCAGAAACAAGUGAGAUUGUAAUUACAAUGUUGCCCUCAUCGGCUCAUGUAUUGGAUGUCUAUAAUGGGCCAAAUGGUUUACUUCAUGGAGCGAAUCUCCUGGGACCAAGGUUGUUAAUAGAUUCGUCUACUAUUGAUCCCCAUACAUCAAGAAAGCUCUCUGCAGCUGUAUCUAAUUGCAAUUUAAAAGAAAAGAAAGUUUCUUGGGAAAAACCUGUCAUGUUGGAUGCUCCUGUAUCUGGAGGUGUUCUUGCUGCAGAAGCUGGUACACUUACUUUCAUGGUUGGUGGCCCUGAAAAUGUUUAUCUGGCUGCAAAAACUAUAUUCUUUUCAAUGGGAAAGAACAUAAUUUAUUGUGGUGGAGCAGGAAAUGGAUCAGCAGCAAAGGUGUGCAACAAUUUGGCAAUGGCUGUGAGUAUGCUUGGUGUAUCAGAAGCCCUUGCUCUUGGCCAAUCACUGGGAGUCUCUGCCAGUACUCUGACAAAAGUCUUUAAUACUUCGAGUGCUCGAUGCUGGAGUAGUGAUAGUUAUAAUCCUGUACCUGGAGUGAUGGGAGGAGUGCCCUCUUCAAGGAACUAUGAUGGUGGGUUUUCAUCUAAACUAAUGGCCAAAGAUUUAAACCUUGCUGCGGAAUCUGCUAAAGAGGUUGGUCUUAGAUGCCCACUGAUCUCUCAAGCACAAAAAAUAUACACAGAUAUCUGCAGCAGUGGUCAUGAUUCAGAGGAUUUCUCCUGUGUUUUUCGCCAUUAUUACAAUGGCAAGGAUGAGAUUAACUAACUAGUAAUUGCUUCUAGAAUAGCAGUAAAUAAUUCAGAGGAAACUUCAAAAAUAAAAAUGACUCUCUCCUUUAUGAUGUACGUGGAUGGUUUCAUGUUGACACAGACGUACUAUACCUUAUCACUGACCAUUAGAGACAGCGAACCAGAUGAAAUUGUGUUUACCCAUCUAAAAUGUAUUGUAUCUAGCAACUAUACUCUACUUUUUAAAGUUAAGCAACUAAUUACUGUACUGUUUGUACUCUGUUAUUUACUCUGGAAGAACAUAUCUUAGAGACAUAAAUCUCACUAUCAGUAGCA